AUGAACACCAUGCGCAAGCACUGGCAGAACAAGCACAGCUGGUCGCCAUAUCCCAGCCGUGGCCGUACAGCGCCACAAAAGCGUACGGCAGCACAGGAUGAGGUGGACAGAUCAUGCCAGAAGGUGCAGUUCCAGCAGGUAUUUGCAUCGCGCAAGGGCUCCCACUACAUACAGAUCCAGACUAAGGAGACUACUGAGCACACCGGCACGCCAGACCAGAACAGAGCCAGCCAUGUCAUUGAUGAGCUGGAGCGGUUUUACCGGGAACAGCAACGGCAGACCAGCAAUGUCAUCCAGGCCGGGGAGCACGAUGAAGCCAACCCAUGGCUGCGGCGGACCAGAUGGCCGGUGUACUUGACCAACAUCGCACCCAAUGAUCUGGUCAACUGCGUGCAGCGGCCCGAGGAUGACACCACGUGCCCAGAUGAACUGGCCGCGAGGGCCAUCGGGAGGCCAUGGGGCAGGUUGCCCGUACCAGCCAGCGAGUCAUCACACGGCUGGGCCACUUCGUCCGCAUCGAGGCCAUCCGCACAGAGCGACACCAGACCCGGCACACCCCGUUGCAGGCAUACAUGGACGAGGAGAGCAUCGCCGAGCACGUGA